AUGGUUAUAUUGAUGAAAAUCAUAUUAAAAGCAAACAAUAUUUUAUUUUUAUUUUUUCAAAAUAUUUAUCCAUCAUCAAUUAUAUCACAUAGUGCUGGUGAUCAAGCAGCUGCUUUUAUUGCUGGUCGUUUAAGUUUAGAAGAAGCUGUUCGUAUGUUAGCUGUUUCAAUGAGUGAAGAAGAAGUAGAAAAUAAACUCCUUAAAGUUAUUGAACAUUUGGCUUGUAUUACUAUUGUUAAUAGUCCUCGUCUAGUAACAAUAAGUGGUGAUGAAAUACAACAAAUACUUCCAAUCGCUUAUCCAAAUGUAUUUGAAGCAUGUGUUUAUCAAAAACAAAUAUUUAAUUCGAUAUGUGCAAAACCAAAACUUUAUUCAAGUAUUAUUGGUGAUAAAAUGAAUGAUAAUAUACCAGUUGAUAGUCAAAUUUUAUUACAACUUACAACAUCAUCUCAAGUAUGGCAACAAUAUUUUCAUACUCGUCAAAUUUUACCUAUGAAAAAUCAUGAAGAAUAUUUCGAUGAUUUUCCAUUAUAUAAAUUUCAUCUUAGUUCAUGUUGGUAUGAAUCAAAAGAUCCAUCUAUACAACGUUUAGCUAAUCGUAUACCUACUCAUCCAUUACUUGGUAUUCGUCAAUUAAAUGAUCGAACAAAAGAUGAUCAACAACAAAAACAACCAACAAUUAUUUUUGAAGAUGUUAAAUUUGUUAAAGUACUUAUUUUAAAUGAACAUGAAUUAGUUGAAGUAUUUACACAAAUAAGUAUGCCAUUGCGUGAAUGGUAUAUUAUAUUUUGUAAUCAAGAUAAUCUUAAUAAAUAUUCAUUAAAUGAAUUUAUUUUACAUGCACAAGGUAAAAUUGAAAUUGAUUCUAUACAACAAAAAUCAUUAACAAUACCUAAUACAUGGACAACAGAAGAUAUAACAAGUGCUUAUCGAUAUGGAUCUAGUUUUCAAAAAAUCAAAACAAUACGUGGUACUUCAACUACAGUUAUAUGUCAAUUAUCGAAUGAUGAUAAUAAUUGUUCAUCUUAUUAUUUACUUCAUCCAUAUCUAGUUCUAUUACCAGGUGUUGAAAUAACAUUUCUUCCACUACGUAUUUAA